AAGGUUGGGCAUGAGGCUAGCAACCCCAUCCCGUAAAAAUAAACACCACUGCUACCGAAACUUCAAGCCUCUAUCUUGAAGCCCUAUGUUCCACUGGGAACGUAAAGGAAUAAAAAAAUCUAAGCAAGAGGCGUGUGCGAAAGUUGUUAAGGUUUUGAAGUGGGUGAAAUGCUUGUCAGUAUUUCUGUUUUUGGUUCGCCUAGUGUAUAAUGCACACUACCUUAUUACCUGUUUAUUGAAAGAUUAUUUGCAAACUUUAGCUAAUUAAUUAGUUGGUUUGUUAUGCUACUCUGCUCAAACUUUGUCACGAGGCGGUUAAAUUAAUUUAAAUAAUACUUCUCCUCUUUAAUCUCUAUUUAUUUUAGUUUUAUAGACCAUGGUGAAAAUGUUGACAAUAGAAACAAAGCCGACUAAACCGUUUCCUGGUCAAAAACCUGGUACUAGCGGUUUAAGAAAACCGACAAAAACAUUUAUGCAACCUGGAUACACUGAAAAUUUUAUUCAGUCUAUCUUGAACGCUGCUGUUGGCGAUCAUCUGAACAAGUCACAACCAGUUCGACUGCUAUUGGGUGGUGAUGGACGCUAUUUUGUUCGUGAAUCAUUACAACGUAUUAUUAUACCAAUAUGCUUAGCUAAUGGAGUAUCUGAAGUAUUAGUUGGUCAGAAUGGUAUUAUAUCGACUCCAGCAGCUUCAUGUGUAAUUCGUAAGCAUGGUUUAACUGGUGGUAUUCUGCUGACAGCCAGUCAUAAUCCUGGUGGACCAAAUGCUGAUUUUGGAAUUAAAUACAAUUGUGAGAAUGGUGGUCCUGCUCCUGAGAAAGUUACAGAUGCUAUUUUUGCACAAAGUGAAAAGCUUACUGCCUACAAAACUAUUAAAGAAUCUAUAGAUGUUCAGUUGAAUUCUCUGGGUUCAAAUAAAUACACUCUAUCUAGUGGUCAGAGUGUUACGGUAACAGUCAUCAGCAGUGUUGCUGAUUAUGCGGAUUACAUGAGCACAUUAUUCGACUUUAAUGCUAUCAAAGCUUUACUAACCGGUUCAAGUGGACAAAAACCGUUUAAAUUGCUCGUGAGUGGUCUUAAUGGAGUUAUGGGACCAUAUAUUCAUGAAAUCCUAUGUGGUAAACUUGGAUUAGACGCAAAAUAUGCUAUCAAAGCUGUCCCGUUGGAAGACUUUGGUGGUGGACAUCCUGAUCCGAAUUUAACCUAUGCAGCAGAUCUAGUUCAAAUGGUCACGUCAGAUGCAACAAUUGCAAUGGCAGCUGCUUUCGAUGGUGACGGGGAUCGUAAUAUGCUUAUCGGUCGGCAUGGAUUUUUUGUCUCCCCAUGUGAUUCUCUUGCAGUCAUAGCUGAUAACACAGAGGCAAUUAAAUAUUUUCGAGAGCAUGGAGUACAUGGAUUUGCACGUAGUAUGCCUACUAGUAGAGCAUUGAAUCUUGUAUGUGAACGCCGUUCAAUGAAAUGCUAUGAAGUUCCAACUGGAUGGAAAUUUUUCGGUAAUCUAAUGGAUGCUAAAUUAUGCUCUGUAUGCGGUGAAGAAAGCUUUGGCACUGGUUCUGAUCAUAUUCGUGAAAAAGAUGGUUUAUGGGCAUUAUUAGCUUGGUUGUCUAUUCUAGCUAGCCGAUGUCAGACAGGCUUACCUGUUGAUGUGGAGUCUAUAGUAAAGGAGCAUUGGAAAAAAUAUGGAAGAUACUUUUUCACUAGAUAUGAUUAUGAAAAUUGUGAAUCAAGUCAAGGUGAUGAAAUUAUGAAUCGACUGAAGAAGAUUAUUGUCAACAAUGGUAUAGCUGGUCAAGUAUACAACACCACAAGCGGUCAACAGUUUGUUGGAGAUUUCUGUGAUAACUUUUCAUAUUCGGAUCCUGUUGAUGGAAGUCAAACAACAAAUCAAGGUUUUCGCUUAAUAUUUAAAGAUGGAACACGAUUUGUUUAUCGUCUAAGUGGUACAGGCAGUAGUGGAGCAACACUUCGAAUGUAUAUUGACACAUAUGAAGCAGAUCCAAAGAAACAUGAACUUUCAUCACAGGAAUAUUUGAAACCGCAUAUUGAAUUAGCAUUGAAAUUGUGUGGGUUACCCGCCAAUUCUGAAACAACACAUAAAACACCUGGUGAAAUUGAUCUACAACCAGGAAAUCGAGGUGUUCAUUUUAAUAGUGAAAUGGUUAACGAAGAUCGUACAUCGAAUAAUUUAUCAACUGUAUCUACAAAUCCUCAGUCAUCUAGUCAUCAUCCACCGCAUGUUUCACGAAAAGUUAGCUUUUCUGAUUUACCUGUAAUUAGUAGUAGUGGUACAGCUGAAGACCGCCACCUAGACGGUGGACUUCAUCCGUCGCGUAUUCCAGCUGAAGAUGAAGGAAUCUAUGAUGAAGAUGAUGACUCUGGACAUCAUAUAGAAGUUCGUCUACUGGAUCCAACGACAGAUGAUAUGCCAACUCUGCCGUCUAACUUCACCAAUGUACCUGUGUAUGAAGUUAAGUUGGGAAUGCUGAAACAGGCAACAGUUUAUCGGGUUGAAUUCACAAUACCGGAUAGAUUGAAACCUGGUGAAGUGGAAAUGUUGAGAACUGUUGUUGAAAUGGAUGGUCGUGUUAGCGUGCCGGUUAAUGUUGGCGCUUCUUUUGUUCUGCUGAGCUGUGAACCUGUCCCGUCACCCAACCAUGGUCAUGUAUUGGUUAUGGAAGUUUCAACAACUAAACAAUCACGUGUCAACGAGUUGAUGACACUGCGUCGAGUUGAAACACCAACAGAUGCUAUUUGUAUGCUUCUACAUGGAAUUUCUCUAGCUAAAGGACAAGGUACUCCACUUCUACGCUCUGGUAUUCAUCGUAUCAAUGAAAAUCAAGAAUACAUUGACUCAGAUGAAUACACGGAAUGGCCUGGUUUUGUGAAUAUUGACGAUGAAGAUGAUGAGGCGGCUCCAUUGUCAACAGAUAACACAUAUGCUGCUAAUCAGGGCGAUAAUGAAUGUUCAUAG